AUGAGUGAAAAAUACGGCUGGAGUGAGGCUCGUGGUUCUUUCAAAGGCAUGUGCAAGCAGAUAGAUCACUUUCCUGAGGAUGCUGACUAUGAGGCGGAUGCCUCAGAGUACUUCUUACGUGCUGUACGAGCCUCCAGUAUCUUCCCCAUCCUGAGUGUGAUCCUGCUCUUCAUGGGGGGGCUGUGCAUCGCCGCAAGCGAGUUCUACAAGUCACGGCAUAACAUCAUCCUCAGCGCCGGCAUCCUCUUCGUCUCUGCAGGCCUGAGCAACAUUAUAGGAAUCAUUGUGUACAUAUCAGCCAAUGCUGGGGAUCCUUCCAAGAGUGACUCCAAGAAGAACAGCUACUCCUACGGCUGGUCCUUCUACUUUGGCGCCCUCUCCUUCAUCAUGGCUGAAAUGGUGGGUGUGCUGGCUGUGCACAUGUUCAUCGACCGACAUCGGGAGCUGCGUGUGGGGGCACGAGCCGCCGACUACCUCCAAGGGGCAGCCAUCACACGCAUCCCAAGCUACCGCUACCGUUAUCGACGCCGCUCGCGCUCUUCGUCCCGUUCUACAGAUCCCUCGCACUCUCGCGAGGCAUCGCCAGUGGGCCUGAAGGCCUUUGGGACGCUGCCCUCCACUGAGCUGUCCAUGUACACGCUCCCCAAAGGCCAAACAGGCACUCCGACAGCCACCUAUAACUCCACGGAGAGGGACCACAACUUCCUGCAGGUCCACAACUGCAUCCAGAAGGACCUGAAAGACUCAGGUGGCCAUAGCAACACCGCCAAUCGGCGCACCACACCUGUAUGAAAAUGACACAGACAUUAAGAGAAAUCAGAGGAACUCUGGGGGGAAAGACAGAUUGUGGCUUAAGGAGACAGAAAGAGAAAGAGGGCUCCAAAAGACUGAGGAGCGAGGGGUAGGCAGCAGAGGGGAAGUUCUGAGAGCUCCACAGCGCCUCAGAUAAUCACAGAGUUUCUGUUUAAUAAAAAGGAAAUGGAGUAAAAUUGCAUAAAAAAAGAAACAUGCAUGAUUUUCCCAUGAACCAUUGUUUAACAAGUUUUGAACAUGUUUGUAAAGAGUUGAGGGGAAGGUCGGGGAAAGAUGAGUGGGGAUGGGGGGCAUUCAUGAUGCUGGGUUGGGGUGGUUGGUGGUUGUCUCGGGGCUGUGGAACUGUGGAGUGGUGGGCUGGGCCAAACUGCCCAUUUAUAGGCGAACUUUAUAUUUUUUACUCUUCCUCAGUCUGAUUGAAAGGCCCCACGGCCCUGCCUAUGAACCAACCCUCGCACUACCAUACCACAAGCCCCUCCCCCCCAACACACGCACCCUAAAUUCCCUUAUAAACCCUACUCCUUUCUUUAGUUACUGUAUCUUCUUGAUUUCAUUCUUUAUUCGCAUUAAUACUGUGAACCAUUGCGGUACGGGAUUUUAGCAGGGAGCAUUUCAGGCCGCAAAAAAAAGAGAAAAAACCAAGAAAAAACACAUAAGUUAAUAUAUGUAUUGAUUAUAUAUAAAUAUAUGAACAUAUAUGUUAAUAAAUCAUGACUCGACUUCCCUGAAGCAAAAAAUAUCAAGAAAAAAGAAAAAAAAAGAAAGAAACAACGUAACCUACAAUGAAACUAAACCGAGUCGUCAUGGAAACUAAACCAAGACGGAGGAUUCAUUGUGACUGGCUCAUUUGACGGGCAAAGGCUUCAGCCUACUUGAUAAACUGGUAUUGGUUAGCGUUAGACACAUUAUCACAUUCUUUUACAACAACAACAAAAUCGUUUGGCCUUCCGCCAAAACCCUGGCAGCCAUCUUUGUUCAGGGUCAGCUAGAUGUGAGUUGGCCACUCUUGCUUUUGCCCCAUACAGGGGUGAAGUGAAGAGAGAACUCUGGGUAAUGGAUGGUCUCUCUGCAAACUUGCAGAUGACUAUGGACAAUGAAUCGUCACUACUGCCAAAGACACAAAGUAGUGCGUGUGAGAACAUGGCUACGAGUGAGCUGAAGCUAAGUGACUCCAAAAAAAAAUUAAGAAUUUACAUGCAUGCUAAUCUAAAAUCAUCCGAUCUGCUUUUAAGGAACCUAUGUUUUGAACAACUGAACAAUGAUACCAUGUAAGGGCAGUGGGAGUGAAAAAAGUAGUAAUUAAUGUUACAGUACUGUGUCAAUUUCAACUUUUCUUUAUCUUGUUUUUCUUUUUGAGUGGGUUAUUUGGGGUGGGGUCUCAUCAUGCUUGAAACAAAAAAAAACAACCUUUGAAAAACGUAUCAAGGCUUUUUUUUUUUUAACAGAAGAGAAUCUUAUCUUGCCUUUUCAUUUAAUUUUAUUUCCUCCAUUACUUUGGACUUUCACACAGCCUUAGUCUCUUUCUUUAUCUCAUUUUCUUGUUCUUUGGUUUUGCUUUGUGUUGUUGUAAAUGACAAAUUAAAACAAAAAAAACAAAAAAACAUAAUGUCUUUCAAGGUGCCAAAACUGAAUGAUUCUGAACUUGGAUGCAUCAAGUCCUGAUGACAAAUAAAAAUUGAACCCCCCCGUAGGGAACUGAA